AUGGAACGCAGAAGGAGUCUUCAAUACAAGACAGAAUUAGAGCAUACCCUUCAUGAACACGACAUUAAUGUCUGCAGCAUUCAGGAAACUCAUCUGCAGCCAGCUAAAUCCUUCAAGGUCAGAGGAUACCAGAGUUUCCGAUGUGACAGAGAAGGCAGAAAGAAAGGAGGCAUCCUGAAAUCAGUCCGGAACAACAUCAAUGCUGUUCAGACUAAAACGCAUAUGGAUGACUCUGAAUUCCAGGUUCUGAGUCUCAGGAAGAACGAUUUCAAUCUGAAGCUUGUGAAUCCCUAUUCUCCAAAUGACAAGGCUCUUUCCCUAGACAGUAUCCCAACAGAAGAUUCUAACUUCAUUGUAGUUGGCGACUUCAACAGUCAUUCACAAAGCUGGGGAUAUGACCACAUGGACCGACGGGGAGAGGAAGUAGAGGAAUGGCAAGAUGACAACAAGCUUAAUCUUAUCAACCAGCCUGAAGAUCUGGCAACUUUCUACUCCAGGAGAUGGCAUACAACGUCGACCCCUGACCUAGCUUUCUGCACUGGAGAUAUCCAUGGGCAUAUCAAGAGAGAAGUCUGUGAUCAACUAGGAGGAAGCGACCAUCGCCCAGUUCUCAUUAUCAUGAACCAGUCUACCUCUUCAUCCUCAAGCAUCCACAGAUGGAAUUACAUGAAGGCCGACUGGACCUUAUACAAACGUCUGAGUGAUGACCUCUGCAAAGAGAUAAAAGUGGAUGGUAGAGAUAUUAACAAAGUUGUGAAAGACUUAAAUGCAUGCAUACUGAACGCAGCACAGAAGGCGAUACAACGCGGUGCCAGAAAAGACUACAAGCCAUACUGGAGUGAGGAGUUGGAAGACCUCCAGACCAAGUUGACAGAAGCCAGAGUGGAAGCAGAAAGCAACCCUUCACAAGAAAGCAACCUCUCACUACAGCGAGCCAAGGCCAAAUUCCUGCGGCACAAACUUGAAGCCCAGAGAAAGAGCUGGAGAAACAAAACAGCAUCACUCAACCUUGAGCGAGAUGGCCAGAAGCUGUGGAGGUUAACGAAACAGCUGAAUGACGAUGAAGUUCAAGCGAGAGGCUCAGUAACUCUGGAAGAGAAUGGAGAGCUGCUGACUGGUAAACAAGCGGCAAAUAUCUUUGCCAGCAACUACAAAGAUGUCAGUGACAUCCAUGUCAGUAGAGAAAGACAGAGAGAACUAAGAACAAAGGGGCAGGAAAACAGAUGA